GAAGGACUUCCCAUGGGCGUCAGGGAAAUCACACGGCAUCCGGGGAAGAGGACCAGGAAAUCGCUUCUUGUUUUCCAAACAGCAGUCAGACUCUCAGGGAUGGCUCUGUGAGGCUCGGAGGAUCACAGCCUGGGGAGACCCUAGUGAGGCUAAACUUGGGUCCGGAGCUGCCUGAAAGUUCGAAAUGGGUCCUGCCUGGUUCUCCCUCCACUACGCGUGAGGCCCCACCAGGAAGCUGCAGGGCAAAUGGCCCUGUACUGGAAGGCAGGACGCUGUUAGGUGUCUGAGCAGAAGAGGAGCCAGCGGGGAUCAGUGCUGCUGGACAGGCAAAGCAACUCAAACUUGAAGAAUGAAAUCCCCAAGGAGAACCACUUUGUGCUUUAUUUUUAUUGUGAUUUAUUCUUCCAAAGCUAUGCUGAACUUGAAUUUAGACUCUACGGUUCAUCCUUUGAGUCUCCAUGAACAUGAGCUAGCCAGUGAGGAGCCACUAAGGCAAAAGCGAGCAGUUGUUGCUAGCAGUCCUGCAGCUGAAGAAUACACUGUGGAUAUUGAGCUCAGUUUUGAAAAUGCAUCCUUCCUGGAGCCUGUCAAAGCCUACCUGAGCAGCCUUAGUUUUCCAAUUCCAGGAAACAGCAGUGCCCAAGCUGCUGACAUUUUGAGCAUAGAGGUGACAACAGUCUGUAGACCUGCUGGAAAUGAAGUUUGGUGCUCCUGUGAGAGAGGCUAUGGUUGGCCACAGGAACAGUGCCUCCAUAAUCUCACUUGUCAAAGGCAUGAGAGCUCCUACCCAGGACACCAUUGCAGUUGCCUUAAAGAACUGCCUCCUAAUGGACCUUUUUGCCAGCUCCAGGGAGCGGCUGUUACCCUGAGAAUGUCAGUCAGACUAAAUGUGGGCUUUCAAGAAGAUCUCAGGAACACAUCCUCUGCCUUGUACAGAUCCUACAAGACUGACUUGGAAACAGCCUUCUUGAAGGGUUACGGAAUUUUACCAGGCUUCAAAUUGGUGACUGUGACAGGGUUCAGGCCAGGAAGUGUGAUUGUAACUUAUGAAGUCACAACAACAACAGUUUCACCUGAAUUAAUACAUAAAGCCAACGAGCAAGUCAUGCAGAACCUCAAUCAGACCUACAAAAUGGACUACAAUUCCUUCCAAGCAGUCACCAGUAAUGAAACGAAGUUCUCUGUCACACCAGAAAUCAUCUUUGAAGGGGAUACAGUAAUUCUGAUAUGUGAAACUGAUGUUUUGUCCUCCAACGUGUCUUGGCACCAUGUAGAAAGGCGCUUCGACAUCCAGAACAGCAGUAGAUUCUCAGUUUACAACACCGUGCUCAACAACAUGACCUCAGUAUCUCGCCUCACCAUUUACAACAUCUCGGGGGAUGAUGCCGGUGAAUAUAUUUGCAAACUGGUAUUGGAUAUUUUUGAAUAUGAGGCCAGAAAAAAAAUAGACGUUGCACCUAUUCGAAUUUUGGCAUGUGAAGAGAUGAAGGUGAUGUGUGACAAUAAUCCUGCAUCUUUGAACUGCUGCAGUGAAAAUAAAGCUAAUUGGAGCAAAGUGGAAUGGAAGCAUGAAGGGCAAAUAAGCAUUCCAGGAGAUUCUCAAACAGACCUAGAAUCUAGCUGCAGCAGGUACACCCUCAAGGCUGAUGGGACCCAGUGCCCGAGUGGGUCCUCUGGAACAACGGUCAUUUACACGUGUGAGUUCAUCAGUGCCUAUGGAGCCAGAGGCAGUAAGAACAUAGAAGUGACAUUCAUCUCUGUGGGAGAUAAUUCCAGCCACAAAGGGGAAGUGCACGAGUUCCUCAGGCAUGUGAUGGAAGUGAGUACAGUUCAGAGCACCACCGGGAACAGCCUAGAAACAAGUAAAGCCCAGGAGCAGCAAGCCAACAUAACAAUAACCCCGGACCCAAUUUCUGUUUCUGAGGGACAAAGCUUUUCUAUAAAAUGCAUCAGUGAUGUGAGUAACUAUGAUGAGGUAUACUGGAACACUUCUGCUGGAAUUAAAAUAUAUCAAAAGUUUUAUGUCACGAGGAGGCAUCCCAAUGGAGCAGAGUCAAUACUGACAGUCAAGACCUCCACCAGGGAGUGGAAUGGAACCUACCACUGCAUAUUUAGAUAUAAGAAUUCAUACAGUAUUGCAACCAAAGAGGUCAUUGUUCACCCACUGCCUCUAGAGCCACAUAUCAUGGUUGAUCCCCUGGUAGCUAGCAUCUCGUGCGAUGGUUCCCAUCACUUCAGUUGCUGUAUCGAGGAGGAUGAAGACUACACAGUCACUUUCCAGACAGGUUCCUUGUCCUUUCCUACAGCAAAAGAAGUCAAUGGAAAGCAAGUGUGCUACAAACACAAUUUCAUGGCAAACUCAGUUUCUCGGUGUCCAGAAAAUGUUGAUAUGUUUUGUCACUUCAUUAAUGCUGCUAAUAAUUCAGUCCGGAGCAAAUCUAUCAAGCUGAAUCUGGUUCCUGGAAAGAGCAUCACAUGCCAAGAUCCCAUCCUAGGUGUUGGGGAACCUGGGAAAGUUAUCCAGAAACUAUGCCAGUUUGCAAAUAUUUCCAGCAGCCCUGGAAAUCCCGUUGGUGGGAUCAUCAUUUACAAAUGUGUGGGUUCCCAGUGGAAGAUGGACAGGAAUGACUGCAUCUCUGCUCCAAUAAAUAGUCUGCUCCAGCUGACCAAGGCUUUGGUCAAAAGCCCUUCCCAGGAUGAGAAGCUGCCUACAUACCUGAAGGAUCUUUCAACUAGCACAGUCAAGGUGAAACACGAAAUCAGCUUAUUUCCUGGAAGCCUGGGAGCCAUUGUUAGCAUUCUUGAUUUGCUCUCAACAGUCCCAACCCAAGUGAAUUCAGAAAUGAUGAUGCAUGUGCUUGCCACCGUUAAUGUCAUCCUCAGCAAGAAGAUCUUGAGCACCUGGGAGGUUUUACAACAUCAACAGACCAAGCAAAGUUCACAAUUACUGCAUUCAGUGGAAAGAUUUUCCCAGGCACUACGGUCAGGGGAUAACACUCCUUUGUCCCUCUCCCACCCAAAUGUGCAGAUGAGGAGCAUGGUGAUAAAAUCUGGCCACCCCAAGCCCUACCAGCAGAGAUUUAUUUUCCCAGACUCUGACCUCUGGGGCAAUGUGGUCAUUGACAAGUGCCAGCUGGAAAACUUGCAGCCUGAUUCAUCUAUUGUCACGGUGGCUUUCCCGACUCUCAAGGCCAUCCUUGCUCAGGAUGGUCAGAAAAAAGAUGUUGCCAAUAGCUUGGUGAUGACAACCACCAUCAGUCACAACAUAGCCACGCCAUUCAGGAUUUCAAUGAUUUUUAAGAACAACAAUCCUGCGGGUGGGAAACCACAAUGUGUCUUCUGGAAUUUCAGCCUUUCCAACAACACAGGAGGGUGGGACAGCAGUGGGUGCUAUGUCAAAGAAGUCAACAGGGACAGUGUUUUCUGCACCUGUGAUCAUCUGACAUCAUUCUCCAUCCUCAUGUCCCCUGACUCCCCAGACCCUGGUUCUCUCCUGAAAAUUCUGCUGGAUAUCAUUUCUUACAUUGGAUUGGGAUUUUCCAUCUUGAGCCUAGCGGCCUGUCUAGUGGUGGAGGCAGUGGUAUGGAAAUCAGUCACCAAGAACCGGACUUCCUACAUGCGCCACAUCUGCAUUGUAAACAUCGCUGCCUCCCUUCUGGUUGCUGACACCUGGUUCAUUGUGGCCACUGCCAUCCAUGACUAUUACUACCCACUCAACAAGACAGCCUGUGUGGCUGCAACCUUCUUCAUCCACUUCUUCUACCUCAGUGUCUUCUUCUGGAUGCUGGUGCUGGGCCUCAUGCUCUUCUAUCGCCUAGUUUUCAUUCUCCAUGAUGCAAGCAAGUCCAUUCAGAAAGCCAUUGCCUUCUCUCUUGGCUAUGGCUGCCCCCUUGUCAUCUCAGUCAUCACGGUGGGAGCCACCCAACCACAGGAAGUCUACAUGAGGAAGAAUGCCUGUUGGCUCAACUGGGAUGACACCAAGGCCCUGCUUGCCUUUGUCAUCCCAGCACUGAUCAUUGUGGUGAUUAAUGUGACCAUCACAGUUGUGGUCAUCACCAAGAUCCUAAGGCCUUCCAUUGGAGACAAACCUUGCAAGCAAGAAAGGAGCAGCCUGUUUCAGAUCAGCAAGAGCAUCGGGGUCCUCACACCACUCUUGGGGCUCACGUGGGGUUUUGGUCUUGCCACUGUGUUCCAAGGGAGCAAUGCUGUGUUCCAUAUCAUAUUUACACUCCUCAAUGCCUUCCAGGGAUUAUUCAUUUUACUCUUUGGAUGCCUCUGGGAUCAGAAGGUCCAGGAAGCUUUGCUGAAUAAGUUUUCAUUGUCAAGAUGGUCUUCUCAGCAUUCAAAGUCAACAUCCCUAGGUUCAUCCACACCCGUGUUUUCUAUGAGCUCUCCGAUAUCAAGAAGAUUUAACAAUUUGUUUGGUAAAACAGCAGCCCCAAAGGUCCCCCCAGGCAAUGAUGGAAACCUUGUUAGCAGUGGCAGUUCACCAGUGUGAUGGAACAUAUAAUGUUUCCACCCCAGAAACAACCAGCUCAUCCCUGGAAAAUUCAUCCAGUGCAUAUUCGCUGCUCAACUAAGAACAGGAAAAUCCAAUCUGUGUGACCUCUUGAGAACAUGGAUAUGCUCUGAAAAACAGACUCUUCCGGAGCCAUGGGUAAAUUGUUCUCACGCAGGCUUCUGGGAGCAGACACUGAAAAGACUUUCUCAUUGGAGAAGAGGCUUUGUUUUGUAAAGAUAGACUAAAAAGUCAUUGUUAUCCUUAUUUCUACUCCCUCCUCCAGCCCCUUGUAUAGCCAAAUGUGUAUAGUAUUUAAGAAAACUCAAGUCCCCCAGAUCCAACAUCCCUGUCUAUAUGGUAAAAUAGCAUUUUGAAGAGACAUUUUCACUUUUCACACAUGGGGCACAAAGAUAAACUCUUAUUAAAAUAAUAAGUAAAGGACUAGUACCUAAGAAAUACUUUGAUGAAUUAUAGGAAGGGUGAGAGGGACAGAGGAAGAGGAGAGAAGGAAGAGGAAGAAAAAGAGAAAGAAAGAAAAUGAAUGAAGAAAAACAUUAAAGACAACAGAUUAAAAUUUCCAUGUUAAUAAUCUAAUAUAAACUCUCAGAUACCAAAACAUUAAGAAUUUCUAAGUUGACCAAAAAUGGAAACUGAGAAUAAGCCAUUGAGAAUGGGUUUGAUAUCUUCCUGAUAUUUUGUUGGCUAAGAAGGGGGAGAAAGGUAAGAAAUGCCAUCAUCAGGAUGCUUUCAAGUGGAUAAUAAUAUUUGCAAGAAUUGUAAAUAGGAGACUUGAUCCUCCUGACGCUGUACAGGUGCAUAUGUUCUUGUGCAUGUCCAUGUUCGAGCUAAGUUGGAUGAACGAGCAGAGGAAGUUGAUAACCAUUCCUGAUUAGAACUAUGCAGGUUGAACUGUGAUUAGUUGUUUUAGUUUAUUAGAAAACCCUUAUGUUUUAGUUUGUUCCACAUUUUGAAAGCAAAAAGAUAUAUAUUUUUAUACCCAUUAAUCACCAACUCUGAUAUAUUGCACUGAAAACAGAUUCCAACUGUCUCAUAUGUAACAGCUUUAACCAGGUACUUCUCUGUGCAUUAUAGAAUAGAUUUUAAUCAUCUCAGAGCACUGUGUAUUGUUGUUGUUGCUAUUACUUGUUAUUGUUGCUGUGACUAUAGCAGUCCAUGGUGCGUGUAUAGCUUGCUGUACAUUAUCUCUUUCAGUCUUUAGGUUCCGAGACGAAUAUCCAUUAUGAGUGCUAUAGGGUCUAAUUUGUGUUUCGGCCACUUGGAAAGUUUCCAGAAAGAAAUUUACAGCUGAUUAUUCUGUACUCCUAAUGACACUUUACCAUGAAGAACAAAUGGUAGAGGUUUUCCCAAAAAUUUGAUUGUUUGUGAAUUACGUGUGUGGGUGUUUUGUUUUGUGUAUGUGCACUUCAUAAAAAAUACAGAUAUUUAUUAAAACAGCAUCCAUAGUGGAGUUAACCACUGAGUAGAGUGCUGUAGAUACAGCAACCAUGCAGCCCAAUCAAAGUCUGAUCCCAGAGGGAGAAUGAGACAGAGGUAAACUGUGGGACCAUUCGGUAUAUGUGAGCUUUGUGCUCCACCUGAGGCCUGAGAACAUAAACGGUCCACCACUAGGAAGAUGGGGACAAAGGGGCCAAGAGUCAAUGCUUUUCUAUUGAGGUCUGAAAGAGUUUCUUUUAUAAUAUUUUAACCUCUUAAAAUCGCUUCCUUCCAUUGUAAAAUUUGGUUCUCCUUCUGCCUCACUCUUCUUCAUGGAGAGUGAGAGGCAUGGAGCAGAGGAGGCACAAAUAGAACUCCUAACAGUGCUUUGUGUCAAACUCUUUAUUUCUGUUUUUGCAAAUGACAUAUGUGUUUGCUUGAGAAUUGCCACAGCCCUCUCUCAACUGACCAAGUCAUUAUUUAAAGUCACUAAAGGAAAUGAUUGGUAGGAUAUACAUGUGGAUGAGGUUCUCCAGAGAGGUUCCAACUUUGGGCAGAGCUCAGAUAGACACACAUGUUAAGUUAGGGCAUCAGUUGAAUUAGAAUUAAAUACUCAAGGAAGAAUGGCUCUGACUUGUUUCUGGAAUUAUUAUAUCAAGGAGAAUCGAGGAAGGGCAGUAGCACAAGGUAAACUGGGCAAUUUUGACAUGAUCAAUCAAGGAAAGUACCAUAUCCAGGAGAAGGCUGUGGUUGUCAUGUUCAAAAACUCAAAGGUAGCAGGUGCUGUGGUGCAGUGAGUAAAGCCGCUGCCUGCAGUGCCAGCAUCCCACAUGCCCACCGGUUCAAGUUCCUGCUGCUCCACUUCCCAUGCAGCUCUCUGCUAUGGCAUGGGAAAGCAGCAGAAGAUGGCCUAAGUGCUUAGGUCCCUGCACCCAAUUGGGAGACCUGGAAGAAGCUCCAGGCUCCUGACAAGUGAACCAGUGGAUGGAAGACCUCUCUCUCUCUCUCUCUCUGUGUGUGUGUGUGUGUGUGUGUCUACCUCCCCCCACCUCUGUAACUCCUUUGAAAUAAAUAAAUAAAUCUCUUUAAAAAAACUGCAAAGGGACAAAAAACACUGACCUUCCACCCACUUCAGCAGAGAUCACUAGGGAAUCAUUGUGUUUGGCCUUGUAAAGGGAACCUUGAUAAUGACAGGAACUGUCAGUUGCGUUCCACAGAAUGUCAGGCUGGCCCCGUGCCUGUAGUCAUUAACCAAGGCACGUUCUCUUACCUCCAACACGCACACACAUACACUCAGGAGAGCUUGUCCUUCCACACAGCCCUUGAUGCAAAUUCCAGAAAAGCAAUGAAAACAUAAAAUUAGGGAAACAUGGGUUAAUUGUCUGCCCAAUCACAGUUGUAGAAGAAAGUAGUUCAGGGGUCUACAAAGGACAGGAAAUCAAGAGGCUCGUGUGGCCCUGAGAUCACCAUUUCUUAACCAGUGGUGACUCCAGGGAUGUUGGUAGCCAGUCUCUGAGGGAGGGAGACACAGCGGCUCAGACAUUGCUGCAGGUUGGGCCUUGUGGUCCACUUGACUGGAAAGCUCCCAGGGUUCCCCAUGCUCGUGACCUCGCUCAAUAUCAUGAAUCACAACUUUCUCUCAUUAAGGGACCUUUCAGGGAUGGCAAGAUUGGGGCACUCACAAAUGAGCGAUUAAUAGAAACAUCAGGAAUAGUCUCUGAGACUCCUGUAAGCCCCCGAUAACACAUCGUCCCCAUGGAUAAGUCAUUUCUUCCCAUUUCUCAUCGUUUAGAUUGGUAAAGAGGUGAAUAAGUGUUCACGGAUUAUUCAGAACAUAGCUGGAGAAGACCAGUCUUCUGUGGUUUGUGUAGAGAACGUCAGAGAGAACUGUGUUGGAAGACUUCAGGGAAAUAAGUGACAGGGAAACAAGACAGACACAGCUGCCGGGGAGUGCAGAAGGGUGGUGUGUGGAGUUACUCUGAGGUGAGAGGGGCAGAAAGGCACCAUCAUGGGAGAAUACAAAGGAAACAUUGCAGUCCUAGAAAUGCCCCUCAAGUGGAAUGAAUUUUAUCCAUGUCAUGUGACUGUGAAGCCCAAGGGGUCCUCUGUGUGCCAAGGAGAAAGCCAGCCAUCCAGACCAGCGAAAGUCUGGUUCUUCUAACGUCUACAGUGAAAGAGGAUCUUGCCAUGGAGAUAUCUAUCUUUUGCAGUUUUUAAAAGGUAAUGGAAAUAGCGGCUCAUCCUUUCCAAGAAGAUGCCAGCUUUGAAACUGGAUGCUUUGGGUUUUGACAAUUAUGACUCAGGAUCUUAAAUCAUGCCUUAACAGUCUGCCAGCACACCCUUGUCUUCCUUUUCCAUGCUUGUAAUAAUAAAGUAUCUCAUGAGAUUU